CACACACACACACACACACACACACACACACACACACACAAAGCUACGUGGUGAGCAGUGUCAGCAGGAAUGGGAGAGGGGCGGGCAGAGGCAGAAAUCAGUCACUUCGGUGCUGCCACGCUUAAAGCUUUUCUCCUCAGUAUUCAUAACAAAUGUUUGUGUACGAUAAAAAAAAGGGAUUUUUCAAAUCAACUUCACGAAUCUAACUAAAGGAACAGAGAAGAGCAAAAACAUGAUGGAAGACUUCACGUAUCAUGACGAAGAAGAAGACUCAAGCUUAAAUGACAGUUACUACUAUGACUACGAACACAGUAUCUGUGACAAAGAGGCAGUGCGCUCCUUUGCCAGCGCCUUCCUCCCCGUCAUCUACGCCCUGGCUCUGGUGGUUGGCCUGGCUGGGAACGCCCUGGUGGUGGUGGUCUACACAUCACGGUUGCGACUACGAACCCUGACUGAUGUGUGCAUCCUUAACCUUGCCGUGUCGGACUUGCUGCUUCUCUUCACGCUGCCCUUUUGGGCGGCUGAUGCCGUUCACGGCUGGAAAUUGGGUUCGCCAGCUUGCAAGCUCACCUCUUUCCUCUACAGUACCAACUUCAGCUGUGGCAUGCUGCUGCUGGCGUGUAUCAGCGUGGAUCGCUACCGUGCUGUAGCCCAUAAUCCAAUGGGCAGGACAGGGACGCGUGGCCAAGUAAAGAGACAAUGGCUCCUGGUGUGUGUGCUGUUGUGGGCUGUGGCCAGCUUUCUUGGCCUCCCUGAACUUAUCUUCUCCACAGUGAAGCACUCCCAUGACAGGAUGGCCUGUACAGCCGUCUACCCACUCCACAUGGCCCGACCUGCAAAGGCUGCCCUGGAGCUUCUGGAGGUGACCCUUGGAUUCUUGAUACCUUUCCUAGUCAUGGUGGUGUGCUACUGCUGGGUGGGCCGUGCCCUGAGCCAGGCAGCCGGGGUGCGGAGAGACCGGAAGUGGCGCACGCUGCGAGUCCUGCUGGCCGUGGUGGCCGUGUUCCUGCUCACCCAGCUGCCCUAUAACGUGGUCAAGCUCUGCCGAGCGAUGGACGUCAUCUACAUCCUUGUGACCGACUGCGAUGUCAGCAAGGGCCUGGACCAUGCCCUCCAAGUGACAGAGAGCCUGGCACUGACCCACGCCUGCAUCAACCCCGUCCUCUACGCCUUCAUCGGAUCCUCAUUCAGGGGACACGUCCUCAAGGCUGCCAAGCACCUCGGACAGCGAUUGAAGAGACAGCCGAGACACGUCAGCGAGGAGCCAGCGGUGGAGAUCUCACUCAAUACACGCAAUCAAACACAAUCGCAGUCUGGUUCAGACGACCGUGACACGAGCACCUUCACUAUUUAAGACCCAAAGCACAUUUUUAUUCCUGUAAGCACCUAUACAAAUUGUAUGUCUAUGUUAAUAUAUUUGCACAUCUUUAUUAUGAUGUAAGCUUGAUGUCAAUAACUAUUAAUAUUAGUUCCUUUGGAGAAGGGUCUGGCUACAGACCGCUAGAGCUCCACGCUAGACUGGAAACACAUGGCCUCAAUACAAUAAGGAAGUAGCUUAUUAUUUUUAUAUAGUAAAUGAUAGCGAUGUUGAUCCACACUCCAUACGAGUUGUUGUCAGUAAUGCACACAUUUGUUUGCCACAUUUCAAUACGUUCCAGUACAUUAUUUUGCGCACUUCUGACGAACGUGACUGUCAAGUGUUUCCGGUCUACUGUGGAGCUCCACAGCUCCAGCGGUCUGCAGCCAGACCCUCUAAUUCCUUAGUGCAAUGAAUACAUAUGCAUAAGCAUUAACUAAGAAAACAUAUUUUGUACGAAUUAAAUAUUUUGUUAAAUAAAAAUAUUUUCAGUGA